AUGGCCGCCGAGCCGGGCGGCGGGCGCGCCAUCGCCGCCCGCCGCUCCCGCCCGGGGCUCGCCGCCUUCACCGCCGGGCUCCUGCUGCUGCUUCCUUCUCCCUCCGGUUCUUCCUCUUGUGACCACCGUGUGCCCAGCCGUGACCAGGUUGUCUUUCAAGUUCCUCUCAAGGAAAAUCAUGUCUCGAAGCGAAACGUGGAUCAACAGCUAAGAAUCAAGAUUGUAUAUGACACUAGUGUUGAGAACUUACUGACUGAGAAAAGACAUCUCAUAAAGAACAAACUCUUCCCCCAAGCUAUAUCUUAUUUGGAGAAGACGUUUCAAGUGCGCAAAUCCACAAGUACUGUAUUACUAAGCAGGCAAUGUGUGACAAACCAAUAUUUAAGGAGGAAAGCUGACCCUCACAGAUAUUGCCAAAAAGCCUGCGCAGACCAUACGAGAUGUGGGCCAGUUAUAGUUCCUGAGGAACACCUCCAGCAAUGCAGGGUGUACAACGAGAGUGACUGGCACCGCAGGCCCACUGGCUCGCCUGACCAAGAAGGGGUUCGAGAUGCUGACUUUGUGCUCUACGUUAGUGCUCUCACUACUGAAAGGUGUGGCCAUGAAAAUAUCAUUGCAUAUGCAGCCUACUGCCAGCUGGAAGCUGAAAUGGACAGGCCAAUAGCAGGAUAUGCCAACUUGUGUCCAAAUAUGAUUUCAACGCAAGCUCAGGAAUUCAUUGGCAUGUUGUCUACAGUGAAACAUGAGAUCAUCCAUGCACUGGGGUUCUCUGCUGGACUGUUUGCAUUUUAUCGUGAUGAUGAUGGAAAACCUUUGACACCAAGAUAUGCAGAUGGACUCCCUCCUUUUAAUGAAAGCCUAGGUUUGUAUCAGUGGAGCAAUAAAGUCGUGCAGAGAGCAGUGAGGUUGUGGGACGUACGUGGUGGCAAAAUGCUGCGCCAUGCUGUUCACCUUCUGGUAACGCCUCGUGUAGUCGAAGAAGCUCGAAAACAUUUUAAUUGUCCAAUUCUAGAGGGAAUGGAGCUUGAAAAUCAAGGUGGCAUGGGUACUGAGCUCAAUCACUGGGAGAAGAGAUUGUUGGAGAAUGAAGCAAUGACUGGAUCCCAUACUCAGAAUCGAGUCUUUUCCAGGAUCACCUUGGCAUUAAUGGAAGACACAGGGUGGUAUAAAGCAAAUUACAGCAUGGCAGAGAAAUUAGAUUGGGGACGCAAUAAAGGCUGUGACUUUGUAAUGAAGAGCUGCAAAUUCUGGAUUGACCAAAAGAGGCAAAAGAGGCAAUUAAUCAGUCCAUACUGCGACACUUUGAGGAGUAAUCCUUUGCAGUUAACCUGCAGACAGGACCAAAGAGCAGUAGCAGUGUGCAACUUGCAAAAGUUUCCAAAGCAGUUACCUCAGGAAUAUCAGUACUUCGACAAUCUUAAUGGAGUACCAGCAGAAGAAUUGCCUUAUUAUGGUGGCUCAGUAGAAAUUGCUGACUAUUGUCCCUUUAGUCAGGAAUUCAGCUGGCAUUUAAGUGGUGAAUUUCAACGCAGUUCAGACUGCAGAAUAAUUGAAAACCAACCAGAUCCUACCAAAAACUAUGGUGCAGAGAAAUAUGGACCAAACUCUGUAUGUCUUAUUCAGAAAUCUGCUUUUGUUAUGGAACAGUGCAGGAGGAAACUCAGUUACCCUGACUGGGGUAGUGGAUGUUACCAAGUUUCUUGUUCUCCACAAGGGCUGCAUGUUUGGGUCAAGGACACUGCGUACUUGUGCAGCCGCUCAGGUCAGGUAUUAACUGUGAGCAUCCAGAUGAAUGGCUGGAUACAUGUUGGGAAUCUGCUCUGCCCAGCCUGUUCAGACUUCUGUGACUCCUGCCCCCCAGAGCGGGAUCCUCCAGCUUCUAACCUAACAAGAGCUGCACCCAUUGACUUGUGCUCCUGCUCGUCCAGCCUGGUGGUAACCCUUUGGCUACUGAUGGCCAACUUAAUUCCCCUGCUAACAGGAUUGUUUCUCUGUGCAUAGAGUUAAGCUCGGGGCCAGAAGAUGUUCCGAGAUGAUAUAUUAUUAUGUUGCACUCCUUACUGUGGAGCACAGAGUAUUUGUCUCUGCAGGAAGCUGUCUUCUGCUGAACCUCAUCUCUCCUGGCAAGUAUUGGUGCAGGCAGUAGUCAGGGAGGUGCUGACAAAAGCAGCCAGAGUUUUGAGAGGAGGAAAAUUUACCUUGUCAUCUCAAUAAGUGCCAGUAUUUUCCUGAAUUGCAACCUUUGGUUUUUUUGACUCAGUAGCAAGAUCCACUAUGCCAACUGUGUUAGACUACCUGGCAAUUCAGUUAAGAUCUGAAACAAGAACUCUUCUGUAACAGAACUGAGGGUUGUUUUGGUUUUUUUGUUAUGUCUGUUGUGUGACAGGUAGCAUAGUAUCCUCAAACUGGAAAUAUACCUCAGUGGUUUAGUUGAAAGCCAUGUAAAAAUAAGUUGUUGUCACUGCUAAUAACCCAGGCCUGAACAGGUUGGGAAUUUGUUUGUUUUGUCAAUUCUUACAAUUUAUGGGUGAAGGAAUAAUUUAAUGGGAUAGAUCAGUGGUUAGCAGUUGUCACCACAACUUGAUUUUGCAGCUUUGAGGCUUCUCAGAAUUCAUACUAGGUAAAGCAGCUAAUUCUUGGGGUUCAUUUGCAUAUACCUACAUGCACAAAAUGGAGUUUCAGACUGAUAAUGAAGACAACUGUCUAGAAAUCCCAUUCUCAUUUAGCAUGUGCCAGUUCUACUGUGAAAUUUAAUACAUAAAAUAUUUGAAUAUUCUCAGAGUAAUUUGCUGGGCAAAUACAUUUCAGUACUGAUAUCCAGACUGUAAAACUGGGAUAGAAUUUACGAUCAUUUUUUAUUUUGUUGGUUUGUUUCUUAAGUAAUGAAUGAUGGCAUUAUUGUUUCUUAAAUAGUAUUAACAUAACUGCAAAUGUUCUCACUUUUUGUUGAAGGGCAAACCAGUAGCAAUGGCAGCUAUAAUCUUACAGGACCAUGAUGAUGUCUCUAGACCAAAAACUAUAUUGAAUGUGUAAGGAAAAUCUAAUCUGUUUUCCUUUUUUUUAUUUUCCACCUCCACUUUCUCUUGCACAUGUAAAUACUGUGGAUUAUUUGAGUAUUUGCAAUAAGUUGAGAAUCAGAUGUUUUGAAACACUUGCGGGUACACUUUGCUACAAAACUAAUAAUGAGAAAAUAUAGAAGAGGAAGGAAAGGAGUAAAUAUCAAGCUAAGGAGAGCUGCUCUAUAGGACCCUUGUAAGGAUGGUUUUAUAAUGUAUAACAAAUAGUCCCAUUUAGAGUAAAAGAAACUGUCACGUGAUUCAAUCCACUGUCUGUCCUUUUAGGAUAGUUUUCAUACUUGGAAGAGUGUUAAACUUGAGGGAAUGGACGUGCCCAGUGCACUAAAAAAGUGCAAAGAUGACGUUACUCUGCUUCUUAAAUGUGCUGUGAUAUUAGAAUUGUCAGUGACUGGAUCCCUUUCUAAAAUGGAAGGUAGGGAGGUGGAGUAAAUUUUAUUUAGCUAUAAUUAAACUUUAAAUUAUUAAAGGACUUCCAUCGUGAUUGUAAGAAAUUCUUAGUGCCUACUGGACUUGUUUGUUGUUUUUUUUAUUUAAAGAAACUCUUAGGACACUGCUGAGGCAAGUAAGGUGCAACCUAAAACUGUCUGAAGGCAUCACAGUUGAGAGUACCUUGCACUGGGUUAUGUCCCCUUCUUGACUGCAAGUUAAGUUUGCUUUGAAUUAUACAAGGCCUAGGCUAGACUUAAACCAGUGUUUCAGAGAAGCAAUACAAGUCAGGACUCUAAUGCUUUAAAUUUGUGCAAGUUCAAAUUACGAAACACUUAAGAUUGAUAAGUGAACACUAAUCAAUCAGUCAAUGUAAAUUGAUUCCUUGGAAACAUAAAGGUUUGAGAAUACAUCUUAGGUCCCAGAGCUUGAUAUUGUAUUUUUUCUGUUGUGCAAUAAUGCAGUUGAAAUGGUAUCACUCAACAACAAUGCUUUUGAUACUUGAAAAAAAUUACUGGUUAUUUUUCCUUACUGUGGAAUAUUUGCACUGUCUGAACUUUCUGGUUAACUUUAUACCUGUUAAACUUUUUAACUGGUGUUAAUUUAUUGUGCUCAGUAUUUGAUAUGCUGGUCUCCUGUCUGUGUAAAUGUGAGAUUUGUUAUAUUUAAUUGAAUAUUUUUAUCUUCUACACAGUUGUUUAUCUUGAGAGUUUUUCUUCUUUUAAUCUCUCUUCCUGAGAAUUAACUGAAAGAUGGCUUAGAAAGUCGAUGCUUACCUACUUCUGAAUUGUAUGCAUUAAUUAAAGAAAGGGGCUGUAGUGCUUUGUACUGACAGGGAAAAAUCUAUGGGAGCUCUUGUGGUCAAGGUCACCAGUACCUGCUGAGUAGCUGCAUCAGUGAAUCCAGUGAAGUAAAACUGCUACUGCCUUAAUAAUCUGAGAUUCCAGUCGUAAUUUCUUUGGUGUGCAGCCCUUCAGCUGGCUGUGAACUGCAGAACUGGACGUGACUUUGGGGGGUCGGGUGGGGAAAGUACUCCAGUCAGAAAAAUCAAUGUAUUGUGUCCCAUCAGUGGGUUAGCAGCUGUUAGCAGCUGUAGCCUUGUGGGAACUGCCAAGGAAUGUGUCAAGUUCAAUUUAAAGUGACAACGAACUGGUAAUCAUCAUAAAGAAUAUUUGAGUAAAGCUGACUACCUCAGUUGUGCUUGUCUUUGCUUCUAGCCUGCUGUGAACUUCCAAAUCUUAAGAUGAAUUAAGUAAAAACAUCUCAGGUUUCUAAGAAUAAAGUAAAUACAGUAGGAAGCAUAAGCCAUUUUUGAGUGUAGAACAUAGCUAAAAAUGUAGCUUUAUACCAAUCAGUUGUGUAGCCUUAAGUGUAGUUUAUGCUGUAAAAAUCAGAAUCGCUUUUAAAUAAAUAGGAAGUUUGCAGGCAUCUCCAUUAGGUGUCCUGACUGCAGGUGGCCAGUCUGUCCUAUUGCAUCUUUUAUGCCUGAAAACUUUGAAAUGUAGCCCAGUUAAGCCUUUGUGUUCUCACCGGCGUAAAUGGGGCACCAGGAGCCCUACAAGUUGUGCUAAGAGAUACAUGAGGUAGCUCACCUGUAGUAGAAACAUUUUCAGUAUGUAGUGUCUACAGUUUUAAUUUUUAAAAAAAACAUUCCAUGUUUGCUUAGGGAAAUAAAUUAGUCUUGUGGACUUUUCUGACCCCGGUAGUUCAAAGCAUUUCAAUUAGAAGUCAAGGGAAGUCAUACUUUAGGAACACAUUUUUCUAGUGUUUCAAUUACAAGAAAUAAUUAUAGCUUUUGGCUGGAGAAUGCAGCAGGUAAAACCACACUGAAAAGCAGCAAUUCAUUCCUCCUGAAAUGAGUUGAGGUCUUGGGAGACUGUCAUGGCCUUUGGUGUAGGUUAAUUACUGAAAGAGAAUCGUGUCCCCCGUUAGUUGACUGUCAGUCCAAAGCAGCUCAUUCUUUCUACUGUGCAUUAGUGAAUUGGGAAGAUAUAUGUCACUUAAGAGCAGACAUCUCCACAAUUCCUCAUGAGGGCCAGUUGUUUUUAAAUCUUCCUGUACUGGAAAUCUUUCUGCUUAAUUGUAUUCCAAUAGAGAGGGAAUCAUAUGUCCUUUCAUCCCCUCAUUUCCAGGAAGUGACUUUCAGCCAGCUGAGCAGCUCAAGGUCUUUUCCCCGUGAGAUUGAAACCCCGGUUUUUGCUUGUCUGGUUGUGUGGGUGCUGCUCCUGUGUGUGUAUUGCUCUUCAGGAUUUGGGGCUAUUUGUACACUGAAUAAUGUGGUCUUACACUACCAGACUUUCAAAGUGCAAAUGUUGCCUUUCAAAUAUGAAGCUUACCUUGGAGAUAAAACAACUGUUUUGAGAGAACUGGCUGACCUUGAACAUGUGUUUCCUAUUUUGGUACAGAAUGUAAAUAUAGAACUAAGUAUUUUACACUGAUUUUGGCUGGAUUGAGAUAUAAGGGCUAAUUUGUGUUAUUUAUGGAGUAAAAAAAUUACUUAUUUUACUGGUUAAAAAAAAUAUGUUAUAAAAAAAAAGACAAGACUGUUCAUCAAUAAAAUGUCUGUAGAAAAUU